UUCUUAAGCUAUGUGUGGUCAAGUAUUCGGCAGUGGAUAAAAAUUAGUCAUCAAGUGCUUUAGUUGAUCAUCACAAGAGUAAAUAAAUCAAGGUGUGACAGGUUACUCCUGGUUAUUUAAAAUUCAAGUCUUUAACAACUACAACCAGUACAGUUAAUUUGAAGCAUAAUUUUAAACUCGCAAGCAAUGAAGUUUUUUAUAGUUAUUCUAGUAAUCACUUUUGUUGAUUUUGUUAAAUCAGCAAAUAUUUUGGCAGUGUACCCAUGUCCUUCAAUCAGUCACCAAGUUGUGUUUCGUCCGUUGACACUAGAAUUACUUCAAAGAGGACAUCGAAUGACAGUUAUCACACCUGAUCCAAUGUACCCGAAAGGUAGAGGACAUGAAAACCUCACAGAAAUCGAUGUACACAAUGUAUCAUAUUCGGUUAUUAAAAAAUAUUUGGCUUCACAUGUAACAGGAAGCAAAUCAGAUUUAAUUAAUCAAGUUAAAGGUAUAAUGGAUCUUAUUUCAUUUAGUUUUGAAGAACAAAUGAAAUUAAAGGAAGUUCAGAAUGUUAUCAACAAUAACAAAGAAGCAUACGAUUUGAUAUUAAUAGAGGCAAUAUAUGUUCAAGCAUUGGCAAUUUCUCAUGUAAUUAAAGCACCAACGAUAUUAAUAAGUUCAUUUGGAAUGUAUUUAGGUAUUCAUGAAUUAAUGGGAAUACCAACACAUCCUAUUUUAUACCACAGUAUGUUCCGACAGAGACUAUACAAUCUAACAUUAUUAGAAAAAGCAACAGAGGUUUACAACCAGAUAGUUAUUAAUUACGAAUAUAAAAUAAGAGAGGAAAAAGAGAAUGAAGUACUUAAAAGUCUAUUUGGGCCAGACACACCACCGAUAAGUGUCUUAAAAAAUUAUGUUGACUUGUUGCUUGUAAAUUUACAUCCUGUUUGGGAAGGAAAUCAUCCAGUACCACCAAACGUCGUGUAUAUGGGCGGAUUACAAGUCCAAACACGCACACCUAAAAGUUUACCGCAGGAUCUUCAACAAUUUUUAGACAGUUCAAACAACGGUGUUAUAUACUUUAGUUUCGGUACAAACGUAAAUCUCACUUUACUGCCGCUGGAAAAAAUACAUAUUUUCGAAAAAGUAUUUUCUCAAUUGCCAUACAACGUAAUAUGGAGGCGAGAUAACGACAGCGUUGUCGUAAAAUCUGACAAUAUUAAAGUAUUGGAAUGGGUACCGCAAGCAGAUUUGUUAAGGCACAAAAAUGUCAAGUUGUUCAUAACACAAGGAGGCUUACAGUCUACAGACGAAGCGAUCACAGCAGGGGUUCCUCUUCUUGGUAUACCAUUGUUAGCAGACCAGUGGUACAACGUCGAGAAAUAUGUUUACCAUGGUAUUGGACAAAAACUCGAUUUUGAAGAUAUCACUGAGGACAUUUUAAAGAAUGCAAUAUUAGAAGUAGCGGAAGACAAUAGAUAUAAGAAUAACAUAGCUCGUCUCCGUUCGCUGAUGGCAGAUCAACCGCAGGCGCCGCUGGAGCGAGCAAUGUGGUGGAUCGAUUAUGUGUUGCGACACGGCGGCGCCAAGCACCUGAGAGCCCCCGCCGCUAACAUAUCCUGGACUGAGUUCAUACAUCUAGAUUUAAUUAUAUUCAUCGCUUGUUAUUGCUUUAUUGUACUUAUAUCGACAGUCUUAGUGGUUAAACUUUUAGUUUAUUUUAUUUUAUAUUUGAAGAAAAUGAAGCUUUGUGUGAUUUUUAUAUUAGUGACUAUUAUUGAUUUUGUUGUAUCAGCAAAUAUUCUGGCAGUGUAUCCAUGUCCUUCAAUCAGUCAUCAAAUUGUGUUUCGUCCGUUGACAUUAGAAUUACUUAAACGAGGACAUCGAAUGACAGUUGUCACACCUGAUCCAAUGUACCCGAAAGGUGGUGGACAUGAAAAUCUAACAGAAAUUGAUGUACAUGACAGAUCUUACGCUGUGUUAAAAAAGUACUUUGUCUCUUAUGUUACUGGAAAUAACUGGGAUUUAUUAAAUCAAGUAAAAGGUAUAUUAGAUCUUGUUUCUGUCAGUUUUGAAGAGCUAAUGGAAACAAAAGAAGUUCAACAUCUUAUAAAUAACAAGAAAGAAAAAUAUGAUUUGAUUUUAUUAGAAUCAAUGUACCCUCAAGCGUUAGCUAUAUCACAUACAUUUAGAGCACCAACAGUAUUAAUAAGUUCAUUCGGACCUUAUGUAGAUAGUUACAAGAUAAUGGGUAUACCAACAAAUCCAAUUUUAUAUCACCACAUGUUCCGGCAAAGACUUUACAAUUUAACUUUGUUUGAAAAAUUAAAUGAACUAUAUAAUCAGUUGGUAAUUCAUUAUGAAUUGAAUAGGAGAGAAGAAAAAGAGAACGAAUUGCUUAAAAAGUUUUUCGGACCAGAUAUUCCGCCCUUAAAUAUUUUGAAGAAUUAUGUGGACAUGUUAUUUAUCAAUAUACAUCCAAUUUGGGAAGGGAAUACUCCAGUACCACCAAAUGUCAUACAUAUGGGUGGAUUACAUAUGAAGGAACCAAAAAAUUUACCCCAGGAUCUUCAACAAUAUCUGGAUGCAUCAGACAACGGUGUGAUUUACUUUAGUUUUGGCACAAACGUUCAACUGUCUAUGCUGCCGCAAAAUAAAAUAGAGAUGUUUGAAAACGUACUUUCUCAAUUACCUUAUAAUGUAAUUUGGAAACGAGAUACAGAUGAAGUUGUUAUGAAAUCAAAAAAUGUAAAAGUAUAUAAAUGGCUACCUCAAGCUGAUUUGUUAAGGCAUCCAAAUAUCAAAUUGUUUAUAACACAAGGAGGUUUACAGUCUACUGAUGAAGCGAUCACAGCCGGAGUUCCUCUCCUUGGUAUACCAAUGCUAGGAGAUCAAUGGUACAACGUUGAAAAAUAUGUUUAUCAUGAAAUUGGACAAAGACUUUAUUUCGAAGAGCUUACCGAAGAAAAGUUGAAAAAUGCUAUUUUAGAGGUAGCUGAAGAUAAGAGAUACAAGGACAACAUAAUUCGUCUCCGUUCUCUAAUGGUGGAUCAACCGCAGACGCCGCUGGAGCGAACCAUGUGGUGGGUCGAUUACGUGCUGCGACACGGUGGCGCAAAACACCUGAGAGCCCCAGCCGCUAGCAUAUCCUGGACUGAAUAUCUAGAACUAGAUCUAUUAUUAUUCAUCACUUGUACUUUAUUUAUUCUAUUUGGAUCUAUAUUCUUAGUAAUGAGAGUUCUAGUUAGAAUCAUAGCGUCGAAAAUCAAACAUGAUAAGAAACUAAAGAACGAGUAAAAU